AUGUAUAGAAUUUACAAGAUUUGUUUGCAAUCAGUAAUAGUAAUAAUAACAUGCAGUGCAUUGUCACAACUCAUACCUGGACACACAGAACCUUUCAUGGAUCGACCCUGGUCUCCUACACAGAGCAAGACAUUGCGCCAAGGGAAAGGGGGGUUUUGCUGUGCUUGGAAGGAACCAGACUACCACGAUGCUGAUGGUUCAGUCGCUGGUGUAGUGGGUGAGGGUGAUACAGUGGUCGGUUCAAAGGGCGGUUUAAUCCUACUACGUUCCAGAAUCAACACUGCAGAUGUGAACCAUCGCUCGGAGCAAACGGAACCACCUCCAAGAAGGGACUGCGUCUGCUCUAAGAUUUACGAUCCAGUCUGUGCGUCAAAUAAUGAGUCCUAUUUCAACCUUUGUUUUUUGGAAUGCAAAGUACCGAAAAGUGAAAAUAUUAGCGUUGUCCACCAAGGAAACUGCAUACCAUUUUAA